AUGACAGAAGAAUCGAAGAAUCCAAAACCAGGAACGUCAUCAUCAUCUUCGAAUCAAUCAGUUCAACAUUCAAGAAUGAACACCAAUGUGAAAAUUCCAUCAGAAAUGAAUUUCAACGGAAAUCUAGCCAACAAUUAUCGAUUCUUCAAACAAAAAUUCGAAAUUUAUUUGAAGGCAUCAAGACAAACGAAUUUGGACUCGAAGUAUAAAGCAGCAUUAUUUUUGAAUGUGAUUCGUAUUUAUAAUAAUUUUCCAUCAAAUGAAAACAAUGAAGAAAAUUACGAAGAUCUCAUCAAUAAAUUCGACAAAUAUUUCUUGCCACAUAUCAAUGUUACCUACGAACGACACAUGUUUUUUCUACGAGAUAAAAAAGUGGAAGAAACAAUCGACGAAUAUGUGAAUGCACUAAGAGGACUGAGUUCCACAUGUGAAUUUGAUAAAUUAACCGAUAGUUUAAUUCGAGAUCGUAUUGUCAUGGGAAUCACAGACAGAAAUUUGAAAGACACUCUCCUAAGAAUACCAAAGUUAGAUCUACAAACAGCAAUAAAUACGUGCAAAGCAGCAGAGCAAUCACAAAAUCAAUUGGAAAAAAUCUGUUCAUCCCAGGAAUUGAAUGAAAUGUCCAGAAGAAAAUUUAAGAUGAAUAGAAUUCAACAAACUGAAAACUAUAAAAGGCCAACAACAUCAAGACCACAAGAGCAUCCAAUUCAAUCGUAUCAACAAAAUCAUGCAGGUCAGAAGAAACUAUCAAUCAACAAGAACCAACUUCAAUUUCAUCGCCAAUGUCAACGAUGUGGUCUACAACAUCAACGUGGGAAAUGUCCAGCAUAUAAAGCUAAGUGUAACAAGUGUCAUAAACUAAAUCAUUUUUCGAAAAUGUGUAAAUCUAAAAAUAUCAGUCUUUUAGAGAACAAUACUCCAGAAGAUGAAUUUUUUCUAGGUUCUUUAGAAAUAUCUCAUAUUGCAGAUGAAACUGAGUGGUAUCGGAUGUUUGAAAGAUGAGUAUCACAUAGACGUUGACCCAAAUAUAACUCCAAUAAUUCAACCACCGCGAAAAAUUCCAUUCAAUCUUCACGAAAAACUGAAACAAAAACUUCAAGACUUAGAAGACGAAAAUAUUAUAGAGAAAUUAUCGGA